AUGAACUUGCGUGGCAAGCUCAACACCAAGUACCAUGGUACGAAGUACACAGAAUUGAACAUCAACGCGAGGAUGCUGCCGACGAAAGCCUCGAUAGGUAUGAAUGGGACUCAUUCGAACAUGGUGUUCAAGACACUGUAUGCUGGUUGGAAGACGAGGCAGGUCUCUAGAUUCCCGCUUCCUGAAUCGCGCCUAAAUACACAUGAAGCGAGUGCUGGUACAGUAGAAGCACAACAUAUUACCGAGACUGUACAUGAAAAAAACACGGAUCCUGCUUCCCCUGCGACCCGCACUAUCGAUCGUGUUCCUCCCGGCACUGUGCCAGAAUGGUUCUCGGCAGGAAGCUACGCGUUUGCUCGCGACGGAUCGAAAAAAAUGCCAAUCGAUCUCGAUGAGCGUGAUAUUCGCGAGCGAUUUAUCCGAGGAUCAGGCCCUGGCGGUCAAGCCAUCAAUAAGCUUUCUACGAACGUGGAGCUUGUUCACAUCCCUACUAGUACACGCAUUACGUGCCAGCUUACCCGCAGUCGUGCACAGAAUCGCGAGCUUGCGCGUCGACAGUUGAGUCAACGUCUAGAAUGGCUCAUCAAGCAGAAUUGGUCCCAUGUAUCGGCCCAGCAAGGCACCAAACCCGUGUCUCGUGAGCUUUCACCCAGCGUAAUUCAAUCAAACUGGGACAAAGCUCGCAAACGCAAACAAAAUAAACGCAAAAAACAACGCCGGCGCGCCUCUAAUGAAUCAUUUGAUUAG